ACUCGUGAUGUCAAUACCAGGAAGUUCCAACACUGUCCACUUUAGUCGUUGUGCUCCGUAGCUGAAAAAUCCGCAUUGGCAUUUUUCUCUUAUAAACAAAGUGGAAAAAACUCCAACUGGUUUGGUAGGGUAUCGACUUAUGUAUGAGUGAACAACCUCAUUUCUACUUUAUAUCUUUUAUUUGUGCUAGAAUGCGUAAUAAUCGUUAGUUUUAGCUGGCUAGCUAGCAAGCUAACAGCUAGGGUUGUUUUGGUUAUUUAUGUGAACGUUAACGUUACAUCGACAGCGUCUGGGCUCAGCUGCCCGGUGCUAAAACACUUGAACGUUUGUUUCAGUGGAGUCAGGAAAUUAUUUGAUGUAUUAGAAGAAGCUAAGAAGGAAAAGAUGGUGUUCAUGUAAAUCGGACGUAGUGCACCAGUUAGCUGACUAGCUUACGUUAACGUCAAACGGCGGUCGCCCAGCUUUCGAUUACCACCGCUGGGGACCGUCUGGCUCGUCCCUCGCCCCGAACAGAGGACGUCUGGUGAGCUCAAAAAAGCUCUUCGUGAACCGGAUCCAAUGCGUGGGAUAAUGGGGGCCCAGAGUAGUCCUGUCAAGAGUUACGAUUAUCUAUUGAAAUUUCUUUUGGUGGGAGACAGCGAUGUUGGAAAGGGAGAAAUCUUGGACAGUUUACAAGACGGAUCAGUGGAGUCUCCCUAUGCCUACAGCAGCGGGAUCGAUUACAAGACGACCACAAUCCUGCUGGAUGGGAGACGAGUGAAAUUAGAGUUAUGGGACACAUCAGGGCAGGGGAGAUUCUGCACCAUCUUCAGGUCUUACUCCCGAGGGGCACAGGGCAUCCUGCUUGUAUAUGACAUCACUAACGGCUGGUCGUUUGAUGGUAUUGACCGCUGGAUCCGGGAAAUUGAUGAGCAUGCCCCAGGUGUUCCCAGGAUCCUGGUGGGCAACCGGCUUCACUUGGCUUUCAAGCGGCAGGUUCCAACAGAGCAGGCGAGGGCUUAUGCAGAAAAAAACAGCAUGACUUUCUUUGAGGUCAGCCCCCUUUGCAACUUCAAUGUCAUCGAAUCCUUCACAGAGCUCUCACGCAUCGUGCUGAUGAGGCAUGGGAUGGAGAAAUUCUGGAGGCCCAACAGAGUCUUCAGCCUCCAAGAUCUGUGCUGCCGUUCGAUUGUCUCCUGCACACCGGUGCACCUCAUUGACAAACUGCCUCUCCCUGUCGCCAUCAAGUCCCACCUCAAGUCUUUCUCCAUGGCCAACGGCAUGAAUGCAGUCAUGAUGCACGGACGCUCUUACUCAGUGGCCAACAGCGCAGCCUCAGGCGGCAGCAGCAGCGGUGGAAGCAAAGCCAACAGUCUCAAACGCUCAAAAUCCUUUAGGCCUCCACAGAGUCCUCCAAAGAACUCGUCGUCGUCCUCCAAGGGGAACUGUAAGAUCUCAUAGUGAAGGGGCGGACUAAUGGUUGCCUCCAUGGGACCGGUGUUAAUCGUGUUGUUGCUCCAAGAGGUCGUAAGACCGGAGAAGAGCAUGUAGAGCUACCAGCAGAAGCGGAUAUAGCUGUGAACUCACAUUGACCUUUGGGAACUGACUCGGAUGGUUGGAUUGGAUCUGUUCUCUUAGUGCUUGCUGGUGCUUCACCUUGUGGAUGUCUGUUUACCUGCACUCUUUAUGAAAGAGGCUCACUGUGAUCAAGUAGAACAAGAUUUCCCUGGGACCAACAGAUGUGAAUCAAGGAUUGUCACUCACCUGGUAACACUACAAAUGAGUGGAGGAACAUUAGGUAGCUUUUAUUUGGAAAAAGGAUUGUUUAUUGGUAUUUAAGUUGGAUUUGAAGUUGUAAAUAUCCUGUAUGCGUUCGCUGUUUCGGUGAUUGUUCUUUGGAGGGGAGCUCCUUAUGCUUGUUUUGUCUUGAUUGUUGCGGGAAACCCGCCUUGAUUUCCAACAUAUUUGUGUGUCUUGUACCCUUCGUCCAGAGUUCAAAAUCUCUUUUGCAACCUCAACCUUAUUUAAAAAUGAGAUUAGUUAAGUUUUAAACAAAACUGAUUUAAAUUGAAUGUCAUGAGAAAAGCAGGGCCUGUUUCCCCAGAUUCCUAGAUUACAGCAAAGUUGAGUAAGUUAUCCAUUGAAAAACAUUCUUUGUCUGGCACGACUUGCUGUGAUACUUCUAGACUUCAGCCCAAAUUAAUUUACCCUCCAUCUCCAUCAGUCAUCAGUUUAGAUAUCUGUCAACUCUCUCAGACCAUUUUACGCCUCUAAAUCUCAUCCAUAGUUGGGUUUAACUGAUUUUAAUCCAUCAACAGUAAUUUUAUUCUAUUAAUUCUUGGGGCAAUUCAGAGGUUGCUUGGUGCUGAUGAGGAAACCUUGUAAAAACUCAGAUUUCAAGAUUAUGUAAUCAGUCGCGGCGUUUUGCCUUAAGAAAGUUUUGCAAUUGGUUCACAACAGGAAUUUGUAACCUCACAGGACGUUGAUGAAAGGAAUAUUUUUAAUUUUGCAUUUUUUUGGAUAUUUUCUGUAUAUGCUAUGUAUUUAUGAAUGUAAAACAAUAUUCAUCUUCUACUUUUCUGUGGAUUUAUGGUGAUAUGUGGGACUGUAAAAAUCAGAGGUGGAAUGUAAUUGGGUACUGUAAUAUUAUUUAGUGUUGUUGCUGAUUUUCUGAGAAUUUGAGUAGUUUUGCGGCUUCAAUUAAUUCUUAUAUUCCAACAUUCUUAAAAAUUUGUGCAUAGCAAGAGGGAUUACAGUUGUCAUUUACAGUCAAACUUUCAGUCUGGACAUUUGGUUACUGAUGAUGAAAUUAUUUACAAGAAACAUGUGAUGUCAGAUUAAUUUGAAGACCUCAGAAAGGGUGCAAAGUCUUUUAAUCAGAACUAACCAAUGAAAACUUCCUAGUGUCUCUUUUUAAAAUAAUUGAAUAAUCUGCACAAAUACUGUAAUUCCCAAUCAUCUUUCCACCUCUGAUUAACAUGUGCUGUAUUUCCACUUCAACAUUCCCAGUGCCAUGACUAUAUGUAUAAGAUAAAGUCACUGAGGGGAUAAAAAUUGGUGCAUGUUUCCCACUGACACCUGUUUUAUGUGCAUUGAGACCAGUACAACAGGCUCCAACAGAACUGGAGUGAACAUUUAAAGCACUAUAUGUAAACAGUUGUUGUUGUCAGAGCUGCGCCUCAAGGUUUGGAUGCGGGAUUCAUUAUGAUUUUGUCUCCAUGGGCAUUGAAAACAAAGCCACCCAUCAAAAUAAAGGGUAAAACUACA